GAAGGAGGAGGGACUCUGUGGACCGCUGCGUUGGUGGAUGCUUUACAGUCAGACGGGGAGACUGAGGACUUGGAGACAAAACACUUUUCUGGAUUUUGAAGGACUUGUGGGUUAAUUACCUCAGACGACAGCACAAGCAUAGAAAAAGAUCGAUAAAUAUGGAUAAUCCUGUGUUCUGGGCUAUGCUGGUCUGCCUGACCGUCCUGCUGAUUGAGCAAGGGUUGCAGGUCCGCAGCCAAGGGGAUCAGUCCUACAACAAAGUGAUGGACAAUAUCACAGUCCGACAAGGAGAGACGGUCUUUCUCAGGUGUGCACUGGGGGAUGUUGUCACACACACAGCAUGGCUUAAUCGGUCAAGUAUACUGUAUGCUGGAGAAGACAAGUGGUCGAUUGAUCCCAGAGUGAGUUUGGUGACUCUUAAUCAAGAGGAGUUCACCAUCAAGAUUGAAAAUGUGGACAUGACAGAUGAGGGACAGUAUGUGUGUGCAAUCCAGACAAGCAGUCGACCAAGAACCACCUCAAUUCACAUCCUCGUCCAAGUGCCACCAAAAAUCACCAACCUGUCAAGAGAUGUUGUGGUAAAUGAAGGCUCUAACAUCACCCUGAUGUGCCAAGCAAGUGGUAAACCAGAGCCUUCCAUCAGCUGGAAGCUCAUCUCCUCUUCAGGGGAUCUGGUGUCAGAUGAUGAAUACUUGGAAAUCCCAUCUAUAUCCAGACAGAAAGCAGGAACGUAUGAAUGCACAGCUGUCAAUGAUAUUGACACAGACGUGCAGACUGUAGACAUCACCGUCAACUAUGCUCCAGCUGUGUCAGAGGGCAGAGAUGUUGGAGUGACACUGGGCCAGAGAGGAGUGCUGGAGUGUGAGGCUGAUGCAGUGCCUGAGGCAGAUUUUGAAUGGUACAAAGAUAACAGAAGGAUCUUUAAUGACUUUGAUGGUAUGGAGAUUGUCAGUACUGGAUUAGGAUCAAAGCUGACCUUCUUUAAUGUGUCUGAUGGAGAUUAUGGCAACUACACCUGUGUUGCCAUCAACACACUUGGGAGUUCAAAUACAAGCUUCCUUCUGUUUGUGGUAAUUGAACCCACUAGCUCAACACUUUUGCAAGGACCGAGAGCAGUUCAGGAUGGCAGCGGCGGUGCAACGAGUGUGCACUCACACAACUGUCUCCUCUUCAUUAUGAUUCUGUCCUUCCUGCUUAGAUUUUGAAGAUAAAUUGAGUUGAACUCCAGUGUUUUGUGUGUGUGUGUGUGCCUGCGUGUGUGUGUGUGUAUGUGUGUGAGUGUGUGUAUGCGUGGGAGUGUGUGUGUGUGUGCGUUUUUGUUUUUUCCAACUGAAACCAUAAACUGAUGCACAUUAAGUGCAUGAUUUAAUCUGCACUGUAUUGAUGUUGACCCGCUAAACAAGUAUGUCAUUGAGGGUUUUUUGUUUUUUGUUUUUUUGAGAUUUCAAGGAUGUAACAAAUGUUUCACCUUUUAAUUGAAUUUUGUUGGAUAUUUUUCUCUUUGAAUCAUAUUAUUCUGGAUUGUCUCUUUUUACCUGUGAUUCUAAAAAAAAAAGAUUUUUAAAGUGGUGUCUCUUAUUUUUAAAAAGUGUCUCUUAAUCAAAUGGAUUUGUCUUGAAUUUAACCACACUGAAUAUUCAUGUCUAUUCCAGGAAACAGCAAAUUUACAGCAAAUAUAAGAAGUGAAUGCUAAAUACCUCAAAUUUAAACUGAAAGAGUAAAACACAAGGUUGCCCUGAGGCUGAAAACCUGGUAUUGUCAUAUUUUAAUGUGUAAUAAUUAUCGUUUUGUCUGGUUGUUGAAAGCAGAAUUGUAGUAUUUUUGUUCCCACCAUUAUAGUGAUAUAUUUGCACUUGUGCUAUGCUAAUCUUUUUAAUUAUAUUUUUUCAAUUAUGUGUAGUUUUAAAUAUUUUUAAGAACGGGAAAUAUGAACUUUUAAUUAUUUGGGACAAACCUCUUACUUUCAUCUCUUUGUCAUUUUUUGUUCUUUACUCGUACUGGUUGUAUACAAAAAUGUUGUCAAAAUUAUUAUAAUUAUAAUUAUGUUAGACUUUAAUAUUUACAGAUGGAGGGAAUGUUAGCUACACUUGUAUGGAGUGGACAUCUUACUUAAGUAAUGCAAACCUAUUAAUGCUAUUGAUAUUUGUUUAAUAUCAUACCAUGUAUACAUGCUCUAGAAAUUGUUCCUGUUUAUGUUCUAAACCAGCACUGGAGGGAUACAGAACAGUCGUUUUGAGUAGAUUAACACAAAAUAAACUCUUUCUGCAUGUAUUUAGACACAAAUAACCCAAAGACUAUAUUUCAUAUACUUCCUGUUUUUCAAAUCACCAAACAAAGACACUGAUUUUUAAGUACUGUCUUCUCAUUAACUUCAGAGUAAACUAGAGGUCUUCAUGGGUACAAAAAUGUCUGUCUGUGCAAAAAUGUACCACAGUGAAUUAAAGUGGAUUUGCCUAUUUUUUUUUAAUAUUGACCCAGAAAUAAUAUAGAAAUAACACCUGGGUUAAAUGGAUGAAAACUUAAAAACUUUCUCCAAAAAAAAAAGGUCAGAAAAAAUAGGUCAGAAAUAAAGACUAUAUGUAAAACGUGGCAUAACUGCAAAUGAGCAUUUAUGCCACUGUGACAUAACUGCUCAUUUGCAGUCUUAAGAGUUCCUUUUUCAUUGUCAACCUGAGGAAAUUAUUCACUACCAUACAAUAGUAACUUGAAGCAUACAUUGUUUCAUCAUUAUCUGUAAAUUAAACUAUAAUGCACAAAGUGAAAAUCAUAUUAUACUGAAGGUGUAUUGAAAGUAGGAGCUGAGACCAUAAACUUAUAAGAAAAAGGUUGAAUUAGCAAACAUUUUACAGUAAAGACUUUCAGACUUCUGUUGAUUUGGACUUUAUAAAUUAAGCAAUUAUCCUUAGCCUAUUAGAAUGAAGGCAGAUUUAAGGUACUUUUGCUGCCACUUCACGAUUUAGACUUAUAGGCUAAGACCCAUCUUUAGUAUUUUGUCCAUUAUCCAGUCCUAUACAGAUCUACUGACAUGGGUAGACUCAUGAAGACCUUUAGAGUAAAUGUGUUGUCUUUUGACACAAGUAAAAUACAAAAUCAUUGAUACUCUUAAACCAAAAUGUACAGUAUAGGAGUCAGAUUGUGAGAUGUUGGUCAGAAGAUUUAAUAAUUUUAGACUUUACUGUAGAGUAUGCAAGCCAACUGCAAUAACUGAGACUGAUUAAAGGUCUCAGCAAAUAGGCCACAACAGUUCUUAUCAUCUGAUAUAUAACUUGCAUUACCAGAAAAGACAGAAUAUAUGAGAAAACCAGAAAAUCAUAUGUUUCACUAUGGACAAACAUCAGUACAGGCAGAGUGUCACAGGCAGCAAACAAUCAGCAGACCUCCUUUACCAUAUUUCAUUGUGAGCAUGAGAAUUUUAUGCAACAAUCUGUAACCUCUCACAAAAUGACAGGAAGAAUUAAAGCUGGUAAUUUCUCUCUUUCAUAUCUCUCACUUUGAAAAGAGAUUUGUACCAAUUGCCAGACUCCGCCCCCCCCCCAAUAAACGUAUUGUCUUUUAA